AUGAAUUCGAAACUCUAUCAACGAAUACAGACUGCUCAAGAGGAAAAACGAUUUUAUGAGGCGCAUCAGCUCUAUAAAACUGUGUAUUUUCGGUGUUCAUUACGAAAAAAUUACACUGAAUCACUUGAAUGUCUAUUAAAAGGUGUCAACUUCUUCCUUGAAAAUCACCAAUGGGAGAGCGGCAGUGACUUGGCUUGCCUCUAUGUAGACGUUCUUAUCAAGAGCAAUCGUGAGAUUACGGAUGCCAAUUUGCGUGAUUUGUGCAAAUUUGUGUCUGCUAUGCCGUCAUCUUGCGUGGAUCGGGGCAAGUUUAUUUCAAAGUGCCUCUCACUUUUCUCGAAGAACGAAGGCAUUUUGUGUGCUUUUAAUGAAUUCCUUGGUCGACAGCUCUUUGUAGAAGGCGCCUUGCCUCAAGCUCGAAGUCGUAUCAUGCUAGCUGGGGAUGGUUAUAAGGUGGGAUGUUUCCUCAUUGAGAUGCACCAGCGCUACGGUCUUGUCUCUGAAAUAGACCUUUUCGUGGCUCAGGCUGUGCUUCAGUUUCUUUGCGUGAAGAAAACUUCACUGGCUGCUCUUACUUUCCACACAUACACUCGCCAUCAUCCUAGGCUCGAAGCCGGACCGCCUUUUAUUCACUUUCCUCUGCUCAAUUUCGUAUGGCUGUUGAUGCUUGCUAUAGAGAGAAAACAUACUUAUGAUAUUUUUGCAUUUCUCUGUGCUCAAUAUCGCCCUCAACUCAUGCGCGACCCCAGUUACACUGAGUACAUUGAGAAGAUCAGUCAAGUUUAUUUUGGAGCCCAGCGCCAGAACGACCCCUUUAGUGGGAUUCUGUCAAACCUUGUGCGAAUGCUCGGAGAUGAUGGCGACCUUUUGGAUGGCAAUGACAGUGCCAUCGGUAGCCCACACACACCGGCUGCUGCUGACAUGGGUCUCGGGUUGCAAGCUAUCUAUCGGGCCUGCUAUCGCCUCUACCCCGAUCAACCGAGUCCUCUCCAGGUUACAGCUCUACGGAAGUUUUGGAUGGGAGGUCCGGACCCCCUAGACUACAUCUACAUGUUUUCCAAUCCUGGUUUAGCUGAAGCUCGUAGUCCACCUCACUGGCACUAUGUAACCAAUGGUCUCUCUGAUCUUUAUGGAGACGCAAGGUUGCACAAAAUUCAAGGAAUCUCGAGUGCCGCUGCAUCCCGUGCUAGCGAAAUGAUAAGUUGUUCCACCUCAGCGGACGGUCCUAGUGGUUUCGGUUUUGAAUUAACCUUUCGCCUUCGUCGGGAGCCUGGGGAGAAGAGUCCACCGACAUGGCCUGCGCACCUACUGCAGAGUCUAGCGCGCUAUGUCUUUCGCUCGCAGGCUCAGCUGCUGCCUGGGGAUCACAUCCCUUGGCACUUCCCUGCGCUCGAGGUCUCCAGGAUCCGACACAUGCUGUUGGUAGAUGACCCUCAGUUGGCAAAAAUUAACACGCCCUACGGCUGGGUCUGCUUCCUCCAAAGCGAUGACUCCUCGUCCUAUGCUUUGCCAGCUGCUCAAUUUGCCCUGAGUGUGCCUGCUUCUGAGGCCAUUCAAGACAGCUUCUUUAUCACCACAAGAAUGUCCUUUGAUAUCUUCACCAGAAAGUGUUGUUCAAGAACUACCGGGUUUCCCAUUAAAAUCAACAACAUCAAACUGAGCCUCCUGGCUUGGGUUGAGGAAUACGGGCUGACGUCGUUGCGCCUCGCACCACGCCAUACCUUGAAGGAGCCAGCGCACCUACUGGUGCUGCCGGUUCCGAGUCCGGGAAAAACAGCGGCAGCAACAGCGCUGGUGGCGGAUGGAGUAGCGGCGACAGUGCCUGCCUGUCUGACUGUCCGUGUGUUUGAGUGUGGAAGAUGGCGUAUGAGAGUCGAGGCACCUGUUCGACGUAGAGGGCACAGGCACGCCACACCCAAUUGUAUUGCUCUUUUACAACCUCCCUUCUCUCCAAACGCGCUUCGGAGCGGAACGCCCUCCAUCUUGUGCGAUGAGCACUUUGAUUAUGCGCACAAUCGCGGCGGCGGCAAUGGUAAUGGAAGAGUGGAGGGCAAAAGGAGCCUAUUAAAAGAGCUCUUCGUCUGCCCGCCGCCGCUGUCGCGAUCUACCGCGACGUCGGUGCCUUCCGUAUCUGUUCCUCUCAUUGGAUUGCUCACCAGUUCAAUUUUAGGUGGGCUUAUGUUGCACUACAAUCCUAUUGUGGGUCUGUGUGAUGAGGAGUUGCGUCUAGUACAGCGCUGGACAGGCGGUCAGGUGGCAGAUAUUUUGCGACAGCAGGGUACCACCGGCGGUGGCCUGCUAGUGACGGACCUGUGGCGGGAGCAGAGCAUCUUCGAGCUGGAGCCCGGUUUGGCCGAUUACAUUAAUGAGCGCAUGCGUCGCGAGGGCUCCAACCUCUCCGGAGUGACCACGCAGUUCUUUGCCUGGGCCGCCAUUGAUCCCCUUCAACUUGCUGAACUGCUGCCCGGUGAGACCGAGGCCACUGCUGCUACCACCGCCGUUGCCUCUCAGAGAAAUUGCGCCGUCGCCAUGGAGACCGAUGACAGUGGUUCUGUCACCACUCUGCACAAAGCUCCCUCUUCCGUCGUCACACAUAUACCUGCCAGCAUUAAGGCGGACGAAGAUGUAAUCGUCGACGUUGUGGGCGAUGGUUCAGUAUGUUCAAAUGAUCCUCCGAAGGCAAAAACGGCAAAGAACGAGUCAACGUUACCGGUGACGGAAAUUCCCGACAUGGGGAUGGGAAGUACUACCGCUGAGGAAAGCCAACAACAUCAGGCGGCGUCCGCAGGCAAGGAUUUUUUUGCAAUCCCACUAGUUAGUAUUGUUGCGCUGUUGCCUCUAUCUCCUAUCACAAAUGUGGGUGAGAAAAGGGAGGGUGCCAAUACCUUCCGCAAUGGUGUAGCCUCCACCAACACCGCACUCAACUCAUCAGCAUCUCCGUUGGAUCUUCUCACUGGAAUGCGUCUUCGAAGAACUACCACUGGGAGCAUCUCAAAUCCAGGAUGUUUUAUGGCCUCAGGUGGCGGAUGCGGUGGGGGCGGCUCCUCCUCUCUGCCUGGCACUCCCGGCUCAUCGAUUGGUGGCGGUGUUGGUGGGUGUGGUGACUCUGCUCCCUGCACCCCUCUGGCUCACCUCUCUCUCUCCCCUACCAGUCUGGAAAUGCACCCCUCGCGCGCCAUUGACUGUCUUGAUGUGCACUUUUCCAUUGAGGCUGGUGAACUUCUCCCACUGGCCAUUUGUGACCGCCUCAAACAUGGCCGACAUUUCACCUUCCUCAAUGCCAACUCCCCCGAGCACGCCAUCACUCUCGUCCCACCCGGCGUCACGGGUGCUAUGGUCUCACCUGACGUACCCUUCGUUUCUCGCGGGCCCUGGCUACAGAUUUACCUUCCAAAAGAUUUCCUUGGACAACUUGAGCGCCAAUUUUUAAUUCUACAGUAUCCCGAUGAAGUUGUUCUCCCUCUAGUUUUUCGGUGGCCAGAACGGCGUCUUCGGAUCUGUAUUUUGGACGCGAGCAACGCCCAACCGCCACCAAUAAACGCAGCGCCCUCGGUAGUACCGCGAUCGUUUCCCAGUUCUGCGCAUGCAUUCAUGCCAUCUUCUCCUCUCCCACCGAGUAUUUUCCCACCGGGCUGUGUGCCUCCUCCUCAGGUGCUUGCGGCUUUUAUCAACUCCCAACAAAGCCGAGUGGUCGGCGGGUUCUUGGGCUCCGCAUCGCCACCAGGAUCAGGCGCUUCGAGCAGUCAGAGCCCACCCUUUGUGUCGCACAUCCCAAUGGGGAAGUCAUCCCCAGCCUCAGCGCCACAGCUCUCCGCUCCCACCGCGCCCUCCUCCACUUUCAUGGAGGCAAUGUUAGCGUCCUUCAUGAGUUUUUACGGCAACAAGGGCGCGUUUGGAGGCCCCUUUGCCUCGCCCUUCGCCGUGCACCCGGCGCCACCGUCUUCGGAUCCCUCGAGCUCACGUCUGCCCUGUAAUGUGGCCGUUGAUGAUGGCCAUGAUAAUAUUGACGACAACGAUGGUGAUGCCUGCAUCUUCGUUCCCCUGCGCGCCCACACUAUAUAA